UGCUGUUCGGACCCUCCAUGCGGCCUCCCUCUGACCGACAGGCUGCUGGGUGAACCUUCAGGGCUCAGCGGGCAGAGCUGGGAGCUUUCCGCCGUCCUUCACUAGACUCCUCUCCCACAGAUGACUUCCAUAACUCAGAGAAGUUCGGGCCUCGUGCAGAGGCGCACCGAAGCCUCGCGCACCGCCGCCGACAAAGAGCGAGAGCUCGGCCGAGAGGAGCAGGAUGCCGCGCGGGGAGAGGAGCCGGACCGAGACGACAGCGGAGACUCCAAAGAAACGCGGCUCACCUUAAUGGAGGAGGUGCUGCUGUUGGGCCUGAAGGACCGAGAGGGCUACACGUCGUUCUGGAACGACUGCAUAUCGUCGGGCCUGCGGGGGUGCAUGCUGAUCGAACUGGGCCUAAGAGGACGCCUUCAGCUGGAGCCGUGUGGCGUCAGGAGGAAAAGUCUGCUGGCCAGAAAGGUUCUUUGCCGCUCCGACGCUCCGACAGGUGAUGUUCUUCUGGAUGAGGCUCUGAAGCACAUCAAGGAGACCCCGACCCCAGAGACGGUGCAGAGCUGGAUAGAACUGCUCAGUGGAGAGACGUGGAACCCGUUGAAGCUCCACUACCAGCUGAGGAACGUCCGUGAGCGUCUGGCCAAGAACCUGGUGGAGAAAGGCGUCCUGACCACAGAGAAGCAGAACUUCCUGUUGUUUGACAUGACCACUCAUCCCCUGACCAACAGCAACAUCAAGCAACGCCUCAUCAAGAAGGUCCAGGAAGCCGUUCUGGAGAAGUGGGUGAACGACCCCCAUCGGAUGGACAAGCGGCUGCUCGCCCUCAUCUUCUUAGCCCAUUCGUCCGACGUUCUGGAGAACGCCUUCGCCCCACUAAUAGACGACCAGUACGACCUGGCGAUGAAGAGAGUGCGGCAGCUGCUGGAGCUGGAGCCUGAGGUUGAGAGUAUGAAGACCAACACUAAUGAGAUGUUAUGGGCCGUGGUGGCGGCCUUCACUAAAUGAGACCCGGGGGCUUCCGCUGGGACGAACUGGUUCUCAUGGACCCAUCAGGUCCCAGUUUGCUAAACAUCUGAGCUCCUCCAGGAAGUAGAAUUAAGACGCUGACUGAUUAGUAGAUUUUGUUUUCUGUGAACAAAACCGUUUUUUCUGAGUGCAGGGACCAGCGCUGCGGCGUACGGACUAACCCGUGUUAGAGCGAGACCAAAUUAUGACAAACUGUAUGCAAAGUUCAUGUUUUCUCUGGUGUCAUAUCAACAAGGCUGAUGAUCCAGA